GCUUGCAGGAGAGGAAGGAUGCCAUCCAUGGGGUGUACUCGGUCAUCGGUCAGCUCUCUCGCACCCAUCACCAUACCUUGGAAUGCCUGAUCUUUCACCUAGUCAGGAUCGCUCUGCAGGAGGAGACGAACGGCAUGUCAGCGAGUGCCCUGGCCAUUGUCUUUGCUCCCUGCAUCCUCCGUUGUCCCGACACCACGGACCCUCUCCAGAGUGCCCGAGAUGCCAGUAAGACAAUCAGCUGCGUAGAGUUGGUGAUUGUUGAGCAGAUGAACAAGGACCGAGCUCACUUCAAGGAUAUCAGCAGCCUGGAGUUUACAGAGAACCAAGCCAAGAGCCGGCUGUCGUUGAUCCACAGGUCUAUGGUAGCGGGGGCGAAAAGGCGGCUUCAGCAAGGAACCCACCUGAGCUCUCCAUGGCCGGAUAGGUAUAACCCUCUGUGUCGGAAUGCCCUUGAAGAGGUAGCGAGGAGCAGCGAGGAGACGCUUGAGGGGAUGAACGACGCAGACCAUGGCAAUGGCCUUCCAGCAGAUAAAGAACCUGCAGAUCGAGAAAAAAAAUUCUGGAAGUCCGGGGAGGGGGGGGGGGUUGUGCUUUUUCACCUCAGGGAAGAACUGACGUUCGAGAUGUUGGCUCUGGAGCCACGCGCUCCCGACGAUGAGACUCUGGAGCCUGAGGCCUCUAUCGGCACAGCGGACACCUCUGAGAACUUGAACUUCGAAUCCGAGAGCGCCGUCUGCGACAGAUCAGGUGAGCAGAUGCUUUCUCUCAGCUCCCUGAGACCCCUGAAGGCAGAAUCCACCACCAACCGGUCUCGAAGGCACCUGAGGAAGCAGCGAGACGCUUUGGAUUCCGUGGACGCCUCUGUCGCUUUCCCCUCGCUCUCGCCUUCCUCCUGCUCCUGCUUACCUCACGUCACUAGGAAACGGUUCCAGAUAUGCUUUAAAUCACCUUUCUCCCGGGCCACUCCCUCCGGUGGCGCCACUCUGCUCGAGCGACCCCCGGGGCAUCUGAAGGGUCCAGACGACAGGCCCCAGUUCACCGCCGGGGGGACUUUCAAUCCCGAGAAGGGCCAGCAGAAACUGAAGAAUGUGAAAAACUCUCCCCUGAAAGCCAAAGAGCCUCCCGAAGGGGCUGCUGGGCCGGGCCGCAAGAGGCACCCUGACGCUGCUGGUGGCGGUAGCCCCCAGCAGUUAGGACUCCUCGGGAGCAAUGAGUCCAUGGUGCGAGCUUGUCAGCGACAGCUGAACGAGAACAUCUCACCUGCAGUGUUUCCACUUUGA